CUUGUCCUAAAUACAAUUUGAUCUAGAGAUGAUGUCUAUCUGGGUCUCUGUGGCACUUGCAGCACACUUUAUAUGUGCCAAUGCUUACUACACGAAAGAGUUUCCUAUUACAGAUAGUAACAGCAAGCUGCUUGACUGGUUUGAAAGGGCAUCAAAACAAGGACCAUCUGAAGGAACCAAAACUGUGAAAACUCUUGAUGGAGGGAAAAGCUCCAAUUCUACCACAGAAGAUCCCAGUAAACUUUAUGAAGAUAUACGGAACGAUGUAGAGAGCCAUGAGAACUGGUAUCUGCUGAAUCAUGGGGACAAGUGUGGUUACAGUUCAGGAAACAUCCCUAAGAUCAUCGGAGGACAUAAUGCAGACAUGGGCAAGUACCCGUGGAUGGUACGACUUAUCUACAGAUCGAUGAGGAAGGACUCAGAGAAGGGGUUAUGUGGUGGCUCCAUCAUCAACAAUCGUUACAUCCUCACUGCUGCCCAUUGUUGCUACGAUGAUAGAGAUCCAAAACUAGUGAUUGCCAGAGUGGGUGAGUACGAUGUUCACCACACCAAGGACUGCUUCAGAGGGAAGUGUGCCCCGACCAUCCAGGAUGUUGGGAUAGAAUCUAUCACCAACCAUUACAAAUUCGAUAAGAACGCAUUGUUCAACGACAUCUGUCUCAUCCGUACCUCUGAGGAGAUAGAGUUCAUAUGACUAUGUACAGCCCAUCUGCCUUCCUGUCUCGACCACAAUGGGUAAAAAGAUGUUUGGAGGCACAGACAUGCUGAUAGCGGGUUGGGGACAACUUGAGAGUGGAAUCAGAAGCCGGUUCCCUGAAG